UGUCCUUUUGACAGAAGAGUUUAAUUAAUGCUGUUUUUAUCCGAACCUACUCAGAUUUUAUUUCAACAUGAAUGGACAAGAUGUGGAUAACCUGAACGUAUACACUAAGACUGGCACUACGCUCCCUUCAGCACUGUGGUUCAGGCAUGGUACACAGGGUAGCCAGUGGGUUUCUGCCUCAGUGGACAUUUCAGUACCAAUUGAUUUCCAGGUUGUAUUUGAGGCUGUUCGAGGUAGCGGCUAUAUGGGUGACAUUGCAUUGGAUGACAUCAAACUCAACACUGGAACAUGCUCAUCAGGUAUGCUGUGAAUUUGUUUUUUUAAAAGGAUUGUUUUAUGCCCUCAUCAACACAAUUUAAAGCAAUUCGGUGUUUGGCAUUCAAUUCAGUCAUUGUACUUUCUUAAAUUUAUUGGUACCAGUAGGUUAGAAGCAGAAAUUUUGUCUUAGCAGAAGUAAGGUCCUCGCCUCUAAUUUUGCCAGGUUUUCCUCCCUUUUGAAUCCAGGGUAGGGUUGUAGAUGGAAUAAAGUACAAAAAGCUCUCUUGGAUGAGGAAUAAAAACUUGCAGGUCCCUUGCACAUUUGAAAAUUGGAGAAAAACAGGGUUAUAAAAGCUGGGUGCAUGAGCAAAGUAAAAAAAAAACCUUAAUC